AUUUAACGGUUCCAUUUGCAACAAUUUUUGCAACAUUUUUACUGUGGGCUGUUUCGUUGACUCCAAUUAGAAUUGCUCAAGCUAAACAAGAAGAAGGUUUAGAUAACUCUCAGCCAAGAGAGCAAUAUACAAACUUAGUGAGUAAACUUUAUCUUUCCUAA